UUAGUUUUUGUUCAUUAUCUUUUCAAGAUGGCUGUUAUUUUCAGUCAUCAAAGAUUAGUAAAUUUCUAAAAUCAUUUCUAAGACGAUCCAAAUAGUUAUAUUUUUAGUUCAUUCAAAAAUUUAUUCAAUCAUAUCCUUGUAAUAAGAAUGAUGACUGAAAUCGAGGAAGCUGUUGCAGCUGAAGUACAACCAAGUUUAAUGACAAAUGAAGUACAAGUAAUCGUAAAUAUGCCUGAAGCAGCGAACAAAUUAACGAAGGGUUUGCUAGACAUUUAUCAACCUUCACUGACACAAAUAAAAGAUGAACUGCAAGAAUUACUUAAAAAACAAGAAAGUCUUUUUGACAAGAUGGAGAUUGAAAAUAAACACCUUACGGAAACCUCCGAAGAUGAACUGUGUAAUUCUAUGUACUCAACAAUCAAAUUAUACAAUGAUAAAUUACGUCGAAUAAAGAGAGAAAUGUCAACGAUUCAUGAAAGGACUCUUAAAUUGAAGAAAAGAGCACUUCGACUACAACAAAUAAAACAACGAGAGGCUUUAGUUAGAGAACAGAAGAGAGAAGAGGAGAUUCGCCGUGAACAAGAUUUGAUUGGAAAACCAGCUGUGCUGUAAUUAUUUAUUGUUUGUAUUUUAAAAAAUCUUAGAUUUUCAAUAUUUUAUGGUUAUUAAUUAUGUAUAUAAUAAUUCUAUCUUGAUCGUUUACUAAAAUACAGGAAAAGCUGAUAUGUUUCAUUUUAAAUAACAUGUAGAUUAUAGUUAAAUUUAAAAGUAUUUUGAAUCGUUCAAUUUCACAAUUUAAUGUUUAUUCUUUGUAAAAAAAAUUAAUAAAAUUAACGAGCAUAUAUCAUUCUAACGUUUCAUCAAAAUAUGCGCAUGGUACACACGUCGUUACAUUUCUUUACGUACUACCGAUUAUGGAAUAAAAUUUUUAAGAAACUUGUAAUAAAA